ACACACCUGUGAGGAUCAAACAUCUCGGUACGGCGCUGUGACGUCUGCACGAAUAUAUAAAGAUCAGAUGAAGCGUACAGAAUUCAGUGAAUCCACUAGAAACAUGCUGAGGUUCAUGCUGUUGAGUGUGCUGGCUGCUCUGGCUUUGGCCGAGCCCAGAUAUAUUGAGGAUACCUACGAACAGAGGGUUGUGGGAGGAGAGGUGGCUAAACCCAACUCCUGGCCCUGGCAGAUCUCUCUACAGUAUCUGUCCGGUGGAAGUUACCAUCACACCUGUGGUGGUACUUUGAUCAGACAGAAAUGGGUGAUGACCGCUGCCCACUGCGUGGACACACAGAGAACUUGGCGUGUUGUUCUGGGCGAACACAACCUCAACACACAGGAGGGUCGCGAGCAGUUCAUGACCGUCAGUCAGGUCUACAUCCACCCCAACUGGAACAGCAACAGUGUGGCCUCUGGAUAUGACAUCGCUCUCCUGCGUCUGACCAAUGAUGCCACCCUCAACUCAUACGUUAAGCUGGCUUCUCUGCCCCCAUCCGGACAAACUCUGCCCCACAACAACCCCUGUUACAUCACCGGCUGGGGCCGCACAUCGACUGGUGGUUCCCUCUCUGCUCAGCUCAAACAGGCCUAUCUCCCCCUGGUGGAUCAUCAGACCUGUAGCAGCAGUGGCUGGUGGGGCAGCACUGUGAAGAACACCAUGGUUUGUGCUGGAGGUGGAAGAGACUCUGGAUGCAAUGGCGACUCUGGUGGUCCUCUGAACUGUCAGGUUAAUGGAGCUUAUUACGUCCACGGUGUGACCAGCUUUGUCUCCUCAUUGGGCUGUAACACCAACCAGAAACCAACAGUCUUCACUCGUGUGUCUGCUUACAUCAGCUGGAUUCAGGGUAUCAUUGGAUAAAUUGGAUGACGUCAAAGACAUACAUCCUGCAUUAUACCCACAAUUCCCUACUGCCUCAUUUAUGAGAUGAAACACAAUAAACUUUGCUGUACAUCUUA